GUCGGCCCUCAUUCGCUCUUUGCCCGGUCUCACUUUUUGGAUUAGUGAUAUGCGGGGAAGACCCGGUGCCUCGGCUGCAAGCUAAGGGGUUAAGGUGUCCUGUCCCUAUGUCACUGACCUACGAGACCGGCCGGGGAAGAUACAGCACCUGAACACUUCCCCUGUGCUUCUCCUACUCCUAUACAAAUUCCAUACCGCCUACGUACCUUUACCUUAUAACGUACCUUAUAAUACGAACUGCAUCAGACAUCAUAUUCGUACUCUAUCAAAUUCUUCACUUCCCCGUAGACAUUCUUUACUUGGUGACUCUCGCAACACAUCGCAUCGACUUAAAAAGGCGGUGUCUUCCCUUCCACUCUUCACAUAUCCACCUCCUACUACCUACCCAGAGUCUCACACCAUGAAAGCCAUCCAACUCAAGCAAUAUGUCAAGUCUCCCAAGGAGCUCAGGAUCUCGGAUAUACCUGAUCCGACCCCGAAACCCGACGAGUACCUCAUCCAAGUCCAUGCCGCAGCAACCAAUUUCUUCGAUAUACUCCAGAUCCAAGGAAAAUAUCAGAACCAACCUCCCUUUCCCUGGGUGGCCGGCGCCGAGUUCGCCGGUAUCGUCCUCAAGACCCCCUCCUCCUCCGCCUCUCCCAAAUUCCCCGUAGGCUCGCGCGUCUUCGGCGCAACCCAGGGUGCUUUCGCCACCAAAUGCCUCGCGAAAGAGGUGUCUCUCCUCCCCAUCCCCGACGGCUGGUCUUUCCAAGAAGGAGCCGGCCUUUUCGUCACCGCCCCUACCAGCUACGGAGCUCUCGUCCUUCGUGCCGGCAUUCAGCCCGGUGACUAUGUCCUCGUCCACGCCGCAGCUGGCGGUGUUGGCCUGGCCGCCGUUCAAGUCGCCAAAGCCUUCGGCGCAACCGUCAUAGCAACCGCCUCCACCCCCCGCAAGCGCGAGAUCGCCCUCUCCUACGGCGCCUCCCACGCCCUCGACCCCGCCUCCCCGACCUGGCCGCAGGACGUCCGCGCCCUGACCCCCGGCAAGCGCGGCGUCGACAUCGUCUACGACCCCGUCGGCGCCGUCGACGCCUCCACCAAGUGCACCGCCUGGAACGGCCGCAUCCUCGUCGUCGGCUUCGCCGCCGGCACCAUCGAGAAGGUCGCCAUGAACAAGGUCCUCCUCAAGAACAUCGCCCUCGUCGGCAUCCACUGGGGCCAGUACGCCGUGCACGAGCCCGACGCCGUCGUCGCCGUCUGGGAGGGCAUCAUGAAGCUGGUGAAGGAGGGAAAGCUGCGCGGGACCGAGUUCACGGACCGCUCCUUUGCUGGGCUGGAGUCCGUCCCUGAUGCGCUCGUCGCCCUUGGCAGUAGGGCUACCUGGGGGAAGGUCGUUGUCCGCGUCCCGCAGGAUGAUGGCAAGAGCAGGCUCUGAGGGGGGUCGGGCCCAUGUUAUUCCAUGUAGAUAUCUAAUAUAUAUCCCCGGAAAGUUGGAAU